UGUUCGGGAAUUUUUAAAUUCAGUGCUGGGAAGUAAGAGCCUGCUGCGCGGGUAGGAUGCGGCGGCAUGCACCGCGCAGUGCUACUAAUGGCGGUGCUCACCACCACCAUCGCCCCACAAAGCAACAUAACAGAAGUGCCAGGUGUUGAAAUGUCAAGCGCUAUCAAGAAAACUACAAUGAUUGUCCCGACGUCGCACAUAAUAAAGUCGAUGGCAAACAAGACGAGACGACUACCAACACGUAAGGGGAAAGGGGACUCGCCGAUGUUAAAUUACAUCUUUGAUUCGUACGCGACAAGUAACAAGCAUUUCCAUGACAAAUUCCGAGCGCCAUCAUUUGAAGGGGACGUAAGCUCAGAAGACACACUACUUGAGGCUGAUACGGGAGCUACAGUCUUAUUUGACUGUCAAGUAUUUUCUUUAAGAGAUAAAACGGUAUCGUGGAUUAAAGUUUCCGAGAAUGAAAAUCUAGAAUUACUAACAUUAAAUCUAGAUACAUACACAGCUGACAACAGGUACCGAGUGGACGUGGCCGGUGAGACUUGGAGGCUGUAUCUAUCAAACGCUAAAGAACAGGAUUCUGGUAUAUAUUGCUGCCAUGUGUCAACGCAUCCUCCAAUGUUGAAAAGAUUCAAGUUAAUUGUUCACAGGCCAGAAAUAAGAAUGAGCAAAGAAGCUUUCUUAGAGAGCGGGGAAACAUUAUCACUGAAGUGCACGGUUGUGCAUUUGACGUCGGGGGAGGCGCCACCCACGUUGCAUUGGUACAGGGGCAAUGUUACCGCGCCUCUCGACGAGAUACGAGGAGGGGUGCUAAUUGAAACCGAUCAUCUCGCUAUGACGUCACAUUUACAGGUCGCUGGCCUGAAAGUGGAAGAUGCGGGUAACUACACCUGCGCCUUAGAAGCUCCUUUAAUUAUGAAAACCGUUGCAAGGGUUCAUGUCUUACAAGGGUCUAGUCUUGCAGAACUACAAAGCGGGGUGAAGUCUACAUCCAUCUACCUUAGUCUGCUCGUCACUUCUAUACUCGUUAAUUUAAUCAUUUGUGGCGACAUAAGAUGACCUAUUUAGGUAACUAGUAUCACAUAGGAACGGAAGCAAAUGCUAAUGAAAGGCUGGAUAACGCAAGAAUUUCAAACAUGGGGAACAAGUUAUUUGUAAAAUUAAUCGGUUGCAAACAUACUCAAAAACAACGCUACAUUCGCUUAAGGAAACUUCUUAACGUAAUAAAAUCCUCCUAGAAGUAAUCUUACUUGUCGGUUUAACAUGUAUGAAAAAAAAAAUAACUGCAGUUUUUAAAAAUUUUCUAUAACAAAUCUAUAGUAAUUGCGAAUGCGUUUAAAUAGAAAUUGA